GUCCGUACGGCACCGGUAUCAGAAAAGGGACCGACCGCGGCCGCAGUGAGACGAAUUGAAUGAUCCCGCUUUAGUCAUAAUCCCACAUAAUUCUCUAUGGGGAAAUUACAGGUGUUCGAAGUUCUUUUUGCAGGUAAUCAGGAAGUCUUUAAACCUGGUGAUGUCGUUCAAGGAGAAGCAAGGAUAGUUGUCUCAGAAGAAAAGGGAGAUAUUCGUGGCAUUCAAUUCAAAUGUGUCGGUAAGGCCUACACAAAUUGGACAGAGUCUGAGGGUACUGGAGAUUACGAGAGGACAGUGACCUACACCACCAAUCAUGAAUUCUUCAAACAGGAGAUCACUUUGCGUGGUGCGGGUAAGGAUAACAAGACUGCGAAUCGAAUCACCUUGACUGCCGGAGAACAUCGAUUUCCCUUUCAGUUCCAGAUCCCAAACAUAAAUCUGCCACCACCGUUUGAAGGUACAUGGGGGUAUGUCAGGUACUAUGUCAAGAUUAACAUCGAUCGACCAUGGAAAUUUGACCAUCACACUCAGAGGCUGUUCAGUAUCUUCACAGUAAAAGACCUGAAUUAUGAGUACAAUGUAUUGGUACCACCAAGUCACCAAGUUGAGAAGACGGUAUGUUGCCUGUGCUGCGCUUCUGGACCCAUAAUUCUGAAAGGAAUGGUUGACAAGCGAGGGUAUGUCCCAGGAGAGUACAUCUUUGUUUCAUUGGAUCUUCAUAACAACAGUUCCAGGAGGAUCAUUGACAUUACUGCAAAACUACAACAGAGGGGGCAUUUCUCUGCCCAGCGUCAUGGCACCGGUAGAACCCACCACCGUCAAGCUGUGAUAACAAUGGCUGAACUGAAGCUUGACGGAUGCGAAGCCAUGGGGUCAGUUAGCUAUGACAGAGUCAAGAUGCUGAUCCCUCCUAUUCCCCCCUGCCGCUAUGAAAACUGCCCCAACAUUCAAGUCGAGUAUUACGUUGAGAUCGAAGGAGAUGUUUCUCGAACACCAAUGGAUGCCCAUGUGAAGCUCCCAGUAGUUAUUGGUACAAUCCCAGCCUUCCCGCACACCCUCAAGGAUCCUGCCCUGAACCCUUUUCCAGUACAACAAUUACCAGACCAUCCUGGAAUGGCUCCUGCAGGUCAGCCAGGAUUCCCACCUCCGGGGCAACAGGGAUAUCCUCCUGGACAACCUGGAGCACUGCCACCGGGACAGGGGUAUCCCCCUCCAGGACAACCAGGAGCACCCCCAACAGGACAAGGGUAUCCUCCACCAGGACAGCCUGGGUUUCCUCCACCUGGACAACCAGGAAUGCCUCCACCAGGUGAUGGGCCAUCUGGAUAUCCACCACCUGGCCAGCCUGGAGUACCAGCACUGGGGCAAGGGUAUCCACCACCAGGACAACCAGGAGCACCCCCAACAGGACAAGGGUAUCCUCCACCAGGACAGCCUGGGUUUCCUCCACCUGGACAACCAGGAAUGCCUCCACCAGGUGAUGGGCCAUCUGGAUAUCCACCACCUGGCCAGCCUGGAGCACCAGCACUGGGGCAAGGGUAUCCACCACCAGGCCAGCCUGGAGCGCACCCACCAGAAAAAUCAGGAUAUCCUCAACCAGGAGGACGUUCUGAUGAUGAGGCUUUACCUCCACCUCCAACGUACAUGGCUGCAUUAGGAGGGCCAAAACAGAUCAAAGGGAAGAAAGGUGCUUUUGGCAGUGUGACGUACGCACCGCAGUACCCUUACUACGACCCAGACACCCUCUACGCCUCUAUGGGAAUUCCACAGGGAGGAACCACUUCGUCUGCAGGUGGAGGUCACCCGCCCCCUACGGUUGUCCAGCCAAUGAGCAUCCAGCAGCCUCAGAUGUAGAUCUGAUUGGUCAGUUGGCAUCCGGUUAAUAGCCUUUUGGUCAUAAUCAAUGUUUUUUAAAUGUAUUUGCUGUCAUGCUUGCUUGCAUUAGUAGCCCUGUUAUGCAGCCUUUGAAGGAGCAUAAAUCGCCAGGCCUAAUCCACGGAUCACCGUAUGCACAGACCUACCACCGGCACUCAAAGCACAACGAAGCAUCCUAGCGACCAAAGCAUACAACCUGCGGAAAGAGAACAACUUAUCUACUAAGAUAGUGGUUACUGGUACCAAAGUCACACUCUUCACUAAAGAAAAGAACUCCACAGCUGAAUGGAAGGCCUACAAAGAAUAACUUGGUGAGUUUAAAAUCAUCAUUAACUAACCAUCUCGACGUAUUGACUCAUCACUAUUUUGCCUUCCUUGGCUUCUUACACCAGCUCCAUUAUAUUGUUUAUAAUCGCUCAUCAAUGCUAUUUUUUUUGUAUUGAGUAGUUUUUAUUGACAACUU